AUGAAGUUAUCUUCUGAUCCUCGUGCUCGGGCAGCUCAUGGAAGACAGAACAACAAUAAUAAAUCUAUGACCGAAGGUAACGCUCAGUAUAAGAUGAUAUCAAUGGGUGACGGGCCAGUGCAACCGAAUUCAACUUUUGGUGGUCGCUCAUUUGAUUCAGUCAGCUGCUGGGGUGAUGUGCCAAAACAUUCUACUCGAUUGAUUGAGAUUCUGAACGAAAUGGACACAUCACCCGGGCGAAUUCCCAGCCACAGGUCGGGACCAAUAGCAUCCAGAACAGUCGAACGUCACAACGAAACGGAUUUCCCGAAUGUCACCACAAAAUUUUCUGGAAAGUCAAAACAACCGGUUGCUUCUUCCGCAGAAGUUACUGUGACAACCACAGAAAAAUCCAUUUCCGGUGCAAACAGCAAGACUUCCGGAACGACCGGAAGAGAAAAAUUACUAGAGUGGCUGCGAACAAGUCAAGCUAAACGGGACGAGAAUAACCGACUGGUAUUUUCAAGGUGGAUUGAUCGUCUCGGUAGCAUGAACACUAAGGAGCCUGCUUCACCAACCGUUUCUCAUAACGCCGGGGGUUUGAAUAGCGCAGAUUUUCAGCAAACCGGAGUUCCCUUGUUAUCACCUCCGACUAUACUUCCCGGUCUGUUUGCUACACCCACUCUAGUUAUGAGUAACCCGAUAGGACUGAUGACCUCAAACUAUGCGUUUUCCAGGCUAGGGAACUCAUUUCCACACACGGCACAAAGUACCUAUGGUUCAAGCAGCCUAAUUGUGCCACCAAAUUUCAGCUCCAAUGUGUCGUUUACCACAAAUGUGUCACCCAACCUGUUGUGUACUCAACAAUCAAAUGAACUUGCACAGCCAGCUAUGUGCGUACUUUCCACCACAGAAUCGACAGAUCCCGCCAGAUGUGACAGUCUACCCAGAUCACAUAACACAGAAACGCCUAGUCACGAUUCGAAACUAUCUUCAUACAAUUCAGAGUCUUCCACCAGCAAUGUUUAUCAGCUUGCGGAAAAUAUCUCCGUAUCUCCCAAUGCUAGCCUUACAGUAAGUGGAGAAUCCGAAACAGAGAAUAGAGAACAAACGAAUGUGCCAUUCACUCACGUUUAUCCCUCAGUUCAGGAGGUACCCCUCACAUCUAACGGAGUUCAGCACAACCCAUACUAUCUGUCAAUGCCCCUUCUUGGCGAUUCCCUGAUUCCGCAAAUGUACUACUACCAGUACUGUUACCAAAACCAAAAUGCAUUGCCCAAACAGGCUUGCUACAGUGGGUCUCCAGUAGUCUACUUUGUCCCACAGUCGCAACUGUCAUCGUCUGGCCAGCCAGUCUAUUUUCCAACAACGUACAUCUGCACAUCUGGCUAUCGAAAUUCGCUGGAACCCAUGACACCUUUUGAUCUGGCUGAUAAACAAACGAACGAUCCUCAAGAUGAUAAACUUACGAAAACUUGGGGCCAUAUCUCUUCAGUCCAGUCAGGGGACUUCAACACCACCGUCACCGAUUCAUUCCAGAAAGAACCGAAUUCCGUACCCAGUCAACUGGAAUCAGCCGAGUCAUCCGCACAGACGGCUGCUGAUUACAACAUCCCGUCGACGCUUGAUUUCGACAUGAAUCAAUGGUACAGCGUGUUAGGUAGCAUUAACUCGGAUGUGACCAUGGAGGCUCCGUCACUGGUCGAUGCCAAAGAGCAACCUGAUUCUUGUUCCCCA